UUGCCGUUCAGCACAACAACAAUGGCAACUGAAAGGAACGUAGACGUCAGGACGUCCGCGAGCUCUUUCAGUGAUGUAACAACACAAGAGCCGUCUGAGAAUAUCAAAUCAACAGACAAAACAACAACAGACAAGAUUUCCGCGUUAAACGCUACUGAACAAACGCAGACGACAUCUUCCACAUCGACACAAAGAAAUCUUGUACCUGAAGCGACAACGGAAUGGCCAUUCAGUACAACAACAAUGGCAAUUACAAGAAACAGAGACGUCACCACGUCUGCUAGCUCAUUCAGUGAUGUUACAACACAAGAGCCGUCUGAGAAUAUCAAAUCAACAGACAAAACAACAACAGAAAAGAUUUCCGAAAUAAACGCUACUGAACAAACGCAGUCGCCAUCUUCCACAUCGACACAAAGUAAUGUUGGACCCGAAGUGUCAACGGAAUUGCCAUUCAGCACAACAACAAUGGCAACAGGAAGGAACGUAGAUGUCACCGCUUCUGCUAGCUCUAUCAGUGAUGGUAAAACGCAACACGCGUCUGACAAUAUCGAAUCGACAGACAAAACAACAACAGACAAGAUUUCCCAAAUCAACGCUACCGAACAAAUGCAGACAGCUACUUUCACAUCGAAACAAAGUAAUCUUGGACCAGCAACGUCAACGGAAUUGCCAUUUAUAACUACAACACUGCCAAUUGAAAAUAACGUAGACGACACCACGUCUGCUAGCACUUUCAGUAAUGGAACAACGCAACACCCGUCUGACAAUAUCGAGUCGACAGAUAAAACUACAACAGACAAGAUUUCCGAAAUGAACGCUACCGAACAAAUGCAGACGGCUACUUCCACAUCGAAACGAAGUUAUCUUGGAUCCGAAGCACGCAGCAACCACAGAGAAGAUUUCUAA